AUGCAGCUCUUCUUGAGGGGUCUCGAAGGGCGCACUACCGUGCUGACCCUGCCCUCCAGCAGCACAUCGGAUGAGCUUUACACGAGGGCCUGUCUCGAGGGCGCUCCGGACGUGAGCCUGCUGCACUGCAGCCGGACGGUGGAGCCUGGAGAGCUCCCGCUAUGCAGCCUGGGCAUCUCGCAUGGAUCCUCCCUGCACAUUGUUGGCCGGCUGCGGGGCGGCAAGGGUGGCUUCGGGUCCAAUCUGCGUGCAGCGGGAAAGGCUAAGAUGACCGACAACUACGACGCUUGCCGAGAUCUGCAGGGCCGCCGCAUCAGGCAGCAGACCGCAGCCAAGAAGCUGGAGGAGUGGCAGGCGCAGGCUGGGGAGCGGGAGCUGGAGGUGAUCGCCCUCCGCCAUCUCAAGCAGCUGGCCAAGGAGGAGAAGGCGAGCCAGAAGGCGGAGGUGGACGUGGCCACCGUGCGCCAGGACCUGCGGCAGAGCCUCCUAAACGUGUCGGCGGGCGUCGCGGCGGCGCUGGCGGCCGGGAAGCGCGUUGGGUCGACGGGCGGCGCGCAGCCCGGAAAGCGCGGGAGGAUAGACCCCCUGACAGCCCUGUCCGAUGGCAGCGACUCGGAGGAUGAGGAGGGGCAGCCGGCGGGGGAGGGGCGCUCUGCCUCUCCUCGCACCGCGGUCGACGGCCCUGAGCCUGGGUCGAGGCCUGCCGCCGCUGAAGCCCCUGCUGAGGAGGAGCCCGCCCUCGACCUGGGUGCCUUUGCCUCUGCCACGGAGCUGCAGGCUCUGGGGCUGGAUCGCUUGAAACGGGAGCUGGCGGCCCGUGGCCUGAAGGGGGGUGGGAGCCUGGCGCAGCGCGCCGACCGCCUCUUCCUGCUCAAGUCCAUGACCCUUGAAGAGGUGCCGCGCUCACACUUGGCAAAGCCGUGA